ACGGAGCUGGCACUGGCAGUUGCACUGCCCCGCACUCCUCUUCCUCCUCCGCUCGCUUGCUACUCUCCAAGUACCCAUCCAUUCCAUCCAUGGUCGCAAGCCCCCACGCAGCAGCAGCACCGCUUCCAUCUCCGCACUCAGCCCGCCGGUAGCCCUCCUCCCGCAGACACAUGGCCUGGAGGCGGCUCGCCUCCCGCUCCCGUCGCUGCCCCACCAUCCCCGCCGCCCCGCGGCCCGCGGCGCCGCGUCCGCGUCCGCCGGCGGGACCCGCCGCGGCCACGCCGCCGCUGCGCCGCCUCCUCCUCCCCCUCUCCCCGCCCGGCUUCGCAGCCGCCGCAGCCUCCUCGCCCGCGCGGCUGCUCCACGCCGCUGCGGUGCGCGGGGGGAGCAGGUGGCUCGCGAGCGACGCCUCCGCCUCCGCGGCGAGGGAGCCCUCCGCCGAGCUGGUGGAGGUGCCCCUGGCGCAGACGGGGGAGGGGAUCGCCGAGUGCGAGCUGCUGCGCUGGUUCGUCAGCGAGGGCGACCACGUAGAUGAAUUCCAGCAGCUCUGUGAGGUACAGAGCGACAAAGCGACCAUAGAAAUUACAAGCCGUUUCAAGGGAACAGUACAUGAGAUUCAGUUUGCCCCCGGUGACAUAGUAAAGGUUGGCGAAACUUUACUUAAGAUGAUUGUCAACGGCAGUCAAGUUGUACCUCAUGAUAGCCUAGCUUCAUCCCCUGACAUUCCACUUGGAGUGGAUACUUCUGCAAGUCCUUUAAGUGAAGGCAAUGCUCCUCGUGGGUCUCUCUCCACGCCAGCCGUCAGGCAUCUAGUGAAGCAGUAUGGGCUCAACAUCGAUGAUAUUAAGGGUACAGGAAGAGAUGGUAGAGUGUUGAAAGAGGAUGUUCUGAAUUACGCUGCUAGCAAGGGUCUUCUCCAGGAGCCGCCGUCAGCUUUGGAAGAGAAUGUUGGUCAAGUUGAGUUACCGGAGGGAGGAAAAUCACUACUUGAUUCACAUUUUUAUGAAGAUAAGAGAAUUCCUCUCAGGGGAUACCAGAGAGCAAUGGUGAAAUCAAUGAGCCUGGCUGCAAAAGUACCACAUUUUCAUUAUCUGGAGGAAAUAAACUGUGAUGCUCUUGUACAACUUAAGGCAUCAUUUCAGAAGGAGAAUAAAGAUCAUGAUGUGAAGCACACCUUCCUUCCAUUCCUCAUAAAAUCUCUUUCUGUGGCACUGAGUAAAUAUCCAUUGUUAAACAGCUCUUUCAUUGAAGAAACAAAUGAAGUUACUCUCAAAGGAUUCCAUAACAUCGGAGUAGCUAUGGCUACAGAACAGGGAUUAGUGGUGCCAAGCAUCAAGAAAGUCCAGUCACUUUCUAUAUUGGAGAUCACAAAGGAAUUGUCAAGAUUACAUGAGAUGGCACUGCAAAACAGACUAAGCACCAACGAUAUCACUGGUGGAACCAUAACACUGAGCAACAUAGGCGCCAUCGGUGGCAAGUUUGGCUCUCCUGUUCUCAACCUGCCUGAAGUUGCGAUCAUUGCGCUCGGCCGCAUUCAGAAGCUCCCUCGCUUUGAUGAUGAAGAAAACGUUUACCCGUCCUCGAUAAUCAAUGUGACCGUUGGAGCCGACCAUAGAGUCGUCGACGGUGCCACAGUUGCAAGGUUUUGCAACGAGUGGAAAAGCCUGGUCGAAAAGCCAGAGCUGCUCCUGCUGCACAUGCGAUGAUCCAGUAAGUUACCUGGAUGCAGAGGGCCGCUCGGUCGAAUUCAAAAGAUGCUGAAAUUCAGGCACUCUGCCAUCUGAAGUUCAGAUGCAAACGUAUGGAAAGCCAGGUUGGUAGAUAGGGCCAUAAGGAGUCAAUCAACUCAAGUAUAUGUAACUAAUAAUUGAUUGACGUGACAUGUUUUAUGCAAACUAUGUGAUCACCCUGUGAAUAUUUGUAUAUUACAUUGGAAAUAAAGCUAUAGAAGCAAAAUUCAUGUGGAA